CAGCCGACGGACGGACGAGUGGAGUGCGUGCGUACAAACCAAAAGCAAACGGCUAGCAGCGCGAUCGAGUGAUGUGAACUACCCAGAGAGUAGUGAGCGACUGUAAUGUGUGAGUGAAUGCGUUCUUGUUGACUUUGUCACGAUUGAAAAAGAUUGUUGAAUGUUGAUGCGUUUGGUAUACUUGAGAUCAUCCAAAAUCCAGAAGCAAAGUGAAACAACGAUUGCAACAGAAGCAGCAGCAGCGAUAACAACAUCCGCAGUAGAAGAACAACUUCCGCUGUCCUUUUGAUGUUACCAUCUCUCAAUCUUUGAUCCCAUAUUCGAAGGGCUGGCAUUGCUGGAAGUAAGGAAGACACGGCAACAAAGUGGAUCAACGCGUGCGCCGUGUAUGCAAGGAUCGAGAGUGUGAGAUUGCGAGCGUGAAUGACUUUUCCUGUUUCUGUUUGAGUUUGUUUGAGAUCUGAACGUGGGCAACCAAGCCAAAGGGUGUGAUCUUUCUGUGAGAGCGAGUACCCACCGCCGGCGACCAUCGAGUGACAAAUAGUGCGAGCUGACGAGUUGAGGACAUUUCCAUGUAAGCUACAAAACCAUCAACCAAGCAACACAUCUGCGAGCGUGCGAGUGAUGCGAGAGUGGAUUAUUACGAACGCCCGGAAGAUUUGAGCGAGUGCGACAAGUCAAUAGUGAAAGAAGUGUGUGGAUAAGAGCUAUUCUCUGCGGUAUUCGGUAUUUUGUAAUUGUGACUGUUUUUGUACCUACUACUAUCUAUAUAGUUUGUAACAACGCGAGUGCGUGCGUGAGAUCGACCUGCCAACAAACAUGUCGAUGGUUAUGGUUCGUAUGGAGGAAGCCAACAAGUUGUUGGACUUCUCACAGAAGCUAGACAUCGGUCUGCUGGAUAGCGUCGUGGAUUGCCUGUACAGUAGUACCGGCGAACAGCUGCGGUUGGCCCAAAACAUUCUAACCACCUUGAAAGAACAUCCAGAUGCAUGGACCAGAGUUGACAGUAUUCUGGAAUUCUCGCAGAACCAGCAGACCAAGUUCUACGCCCUGCAGAUCCUGGAGGAAGUCAUCAAGACCCGCUGGAAAAUCCUGCCACGCAACCAGUGCGAGGGAAUUAAAAAAUAUGUGGUUGGAUUGAUCAUUAAAACCUCCCAGGAUGCAACUGUAAUGGAAGCGAACAAAGUUUAUCUAAAUAAGUUGAACAUUAUUCUGGUACAAAUUUUGAAACGAGAAUGGCCAAACAAUUGGGAAACAUUCAUCAGUGACAUUGUGGGAGCGUCGAAAACGAAUGAAACCCUCUGCCAAAACAACAUGAUCAUUUUGAAGCUGUUGAGCGAGGAGGUGUUCGACUUCUGUUCAGGCCAGAUUACGCAGACCAAAGCUAAACAUCUGAAGGACACAAUGUGCUCAGAGUUUUCCCAGGUGUUUCAACUGUGUCAAUUCGUGUUGGAGAAUUCACUGAAUGCGCCGCUUAUCUCUGCCACCCUAGAAACGUUGCUGAAAUUUUUGAACUGGAUCCCGCUUGGAUAUAUUUUUGAGACAAAGCUUAUCGAUAUGUUGGUUUGCCGCUUUCUAACGAUACCCAUGUUCCGGAAUAUCACGCUAAAAUGUCUCUCGGAGAUUGCGGGACUGCAGCUGGCCAACUACGGACAUAUAUUCGUAGCCAUGUUCAAGCAGACGAUGGAACAGUUCGACAACAUGAUUCCUGCCUGCACCAAUAUGAAUCAGAUCUACAUGAACGGCUCGGAUGACGAGCAGUGCUUCGUACAAAAUUUGGCCAUGUUCUUGUGUACCUUCCUGCGAGUACAUUCGGCACUCGUUGAGAAGCGCGAAACUAUGGACACGGUGCUGAAAGCACUUGGCUAUCUAGUAAUGAUCUCGGAAGUCGAAGAUGUUGAAAUUUUCAAAAUCUGUCUAGAGUACUGGAACAGUCUUGCCUCGGAACUGUACAAGGAAUCCUAUAGUUCUAGCCAGCGCCGUACUUUCUAUGCUAAAAUUUUAUCAAAGGUGCGCUACAUUAUGAUCUCGCGGAUGGCUAAGCCCGAGGAAGUGCUCGUGGUCGAGAACGAAAACGGCGAGGUGGUGCGUGAGUUUAUGAAAGACACCAAUAGUAUUAACCUGUACAAGAAUAUGCGGGAAACGCUUGUCUAUCUGACCCAUUUGGAUUACGCCGACACCGAGCGUAUCAUGACGGAGAAGCUGUGCCACCAGGUAAAUGGUACCGAGUUUUCGUGGAAGAAUUUGAACACACUCUGUUGGGCUAUCGGGUCCAUUUCUGGUGCCUUUUUCGAGGACGACGAAAAGCGGUUCCUGGUCACGGUGAUCAAAGAGCUUCUCGGACUCUGCGAACACAAAAAGGGAAAGGAUAACAAAGCAAUCAUAGCAUCGAAUAUCAUGUACGUGGUUGGACAGUACCCACGGUUCUUGAGGGCCCACUGGAAGUUCUUGAAGACUGUCGUCAACAAGCUGUUUGAGUUCAUGCACGAAACGCACGACGGUGUGCAAGACAUGGCAUGUGAUACCUUCAUCAAGAUUGCCCUGAAAUGCCGGCGACACUUUGUCCAACUCCAGCCCAAUGAAUCGUGUACCUUUAUCGAGGAAAUUCUUGCCACCAUGAGUACGAUCAUCUGCGAUUUGCAGCCACAACAGGUUCAUACAUUCUACGAAGCCGUCGGUUAUAUGAUUUCCGCCCAGGUCGAUCAGGUUCAGCAAAACAUUCUGAUCGAAAAGUACAUGAUGCUGCCCAAUCAGGUCUGGGAUGAAAUCAUCUCGCAAGCGACGAAGAACGUCGACAUUCUGAAGGACAUGGCAGCUGUGAAACAACUCGGAAGCAUCCUGAAGACGAACGUCCGGGCGUGCAAAGCGUUAGGGCACGCGUACGUUUCGCAACUGGGUCGCAUCUAUCUCGAUAUGCUGAACGUGUACAAAAUCAUGUCGGAGAACAUUACGCAGGCGAUCGCUCUGAAUGGCCUUGCCAUCAACAACCAACCGCUGAUCAAGGCGAUGCAUGUCGUCAAGAAGGAAACGCUUACCCUCAUCUCCGAGUGGGUGUCCAAAUCAAACGACUCGCAAAUGGUGAUGGAGAACUUCAUUCCGCCGCUACUGGAAACGGUGUUGUUCGAUUAUCAGCGUACGAAGGUACCGAAUGCCCGAGAACCGUUGGUGCUCAGCACGAUGGCUUCCAUUGUCAACAAGCUGCAAGCCGUAAUCACGCCGGAAAUCCCGAAGAUCUUCGAUGCCGUGUUCGACUGCACGCUCGACAUGAUCAACAAGAACUUCGAGGACUACCCGCAGCACCGGACCAAUUUCUACGAACUGUUGCAAGCGGUCAAUACGCAUUGCUUCAAGGCGUUCCUAAGCAUUCCGCCGAACCAGUUCAAAUUGGUCUUCGAUUCGAUAGUGUGGGCUUUCAAGCACACGAUGCGCAAUGUUGCCGACACUGGAUUGAACAUUCUGAUGCAGAUGUUGCAAAAUCUCGAGCAGCACCCGCAGGCGGCGCAGAGUUUCUACCAGACCUACUUCACGGACAUCUUGAUGCAAAUCUUCUCGGUAGUGACGGACACCUCGCAUACGGCCAGCCUGCAAAACCACGCAACCAUCCUGGCGUACAUGUUCUCGCUUGUUGAGGCCGGUCGGAUCACGGUCAGCUUGGGACCAUCGCCGGACAAUGUGCUCAACAUCCAGGAGUACGUGGCGACGCUGCUCAAAUCCGCCUUCAGUCACCUGACCGACAACCAGAUCAAGAUCUUCGUCACCGGUUUGUUCAAUCUCGAUCAGGAUGUCCACGCAUUUAAGGAGCAUUUACGAGACUUUUUGAUCCAGAUUAAGGAGGUAACGGGCGACGACGACUCCGACCUCUAUCUGGAGGAGCGUGAGACGGAACUAAAGAAAGCGCAAGAGGAGAAGAGGCGAAUUCUGAUGACGGUGCCUGGUAUGAUAAAUCCGCACGAGCUACCGGAAGAGAUGCAGGACGAGUAAAAUGAUGAUGAACGGAUAUAAUGAAAGUUGUGAUGUGAAAUCAAUGAACUACUUGUUUGUGGGACAUAAAAAAAAAGUGAAUAGAUCAACGGUGUGGAGCGGUUCAAAUUUUGGAUUAUGCGUUUUCUUUCCCUGGAAAGAAUUUAUAAUUUUAGUUUCAUUUGGCAACAACAAUAAAAAUGGAAUAAGUUCAAAGUAAUGAUUCACUUUUUGUAAAUGAGUAGAACUAUAUACACACACACAUUCACCAUACACUACAAAACACAAUAGAUCCACUAUACAGAAAAUGAAACAAGCCAAAAACAUAACCAGCACAAUGCAGAUAAUUAACACAGCCACAGCAGUAGAUAGAAAGGUGGAACGGUGUGAAUCAGUUGAUGAAAAAUAGAGUUGUUCAAAAGUGUUGGUCGGUUUGUGUCGAUGAUCAUUAUUAACAAAAUACACGGUUGCAGCAAAACCAGUUUGCGUGAGGUUUAAAUUUUACAUGCAGGAACAAAAUGGAAUCCCAUUUGCAUUACAUUUUACUACUACACUUAUUUAUAAGAUGCAAACAAUUUAAUAAUUAUUACUUUCCGGAUUGAUGCGUGUUGGUAUGUACGAAAUCUGUUGUUUAUUAUUAUUCACAAUAUUAUUUUUGCGAUUACAACUACCCCUUACUCAGUUUUUUUUUUUAACGAUAAGAGCGUGAUUAGGCUAGCAGCUAUGUAGUAGCCGGCGGUAAUUAGAAGAGAUAUAUGCUAGGCGAUCGUGCGAGAGCGUGUGAGAGCGCGCGCAGAAACGGGGGAGUUAAUAUACUAUUUUUGCAUCCAUUUUGUUUCGAUUUAAAGUUUGCUGAACGGAUUGAUAUCAGAGGAGGCUGAAGGCGAGAUUAAAAAGGUACUGCGGAUCGAGUUGUCAUGGUACGGAUUUUAUGCUGAACGUAGAUUAUAAAGUUUAUUAGUAAAAAAACACUUACAACACGUGAAUCGACAGAGACGUGAGAAAAUGAGGAACAAGCAGCACUAAUAACUUAUAACGAGGUUAGAAUUGAAUACUAGUAGCGAGUAAAUCGUGUAAACGUUUGUAGAGAUUUGGUCAGCACAUGCGGAAGGAAGCAAACAAUUCUAUGAAUAUAUAAAAUUAGUAGAAGAAGCAGUGCGAUUAUGAGCUAAGAUUUUUUUGUUUCUCCUACGAAUAACAAACAUUUACAAGAUGAAAAAGAAGUAACAAAACUGUAUGCGUGUUUGAAUGUUUGUUUGUGUGAAAUUUAAACUUGGAAUACAUGAAUCACUUGCGGAGGAUAUAAGGAGGAGCAUAUGACAGUAGAAACACAGAGAAAACGGAUAACAUUUUUUCAACAAGUUACAAAAAAAAAAACAAAGCGGUCAAGUUGAAAAUUAUUUGCGUGAGAGCACAUUGUGGAAGAAUUUUUGAUGCAUUACGAAUUACCUGCGGAAAAUCAAGCGGAGAAUAAAGCCAGAAUCAUUUAUUAUCUCAUGUAGAUCAUAAA